AUGUUUUGCAACGACAAGGGAACCGAUGUGUUGUUUGCCGAUUACGGCAAAAGUUGGCGUUUCCUUCGCAAUGUCACCCAUUCGGCUGUCCGUAAAUAUGCCACAAAUGACCAAUUUUCAACUGUCACCUGUGAAAUGGUCGAUGAAAUUGUUGAUAAAAUGAUAAAAAAGGAGGGAAUCGGACAACCAUUUUCACCCGUUAACUACAUUCAACUUACACUCUAUAAUAUCAUUUGUUUUUCCGUUUUUGGCAAAAAGUACACAUUUGAAGAUCCAGAGUUUUUACGAUUGGAUAGUAUCACGAAAACUAUGUUUGAUUUUGGCAAUAGAGGUGCAAUCAUACAGUUUAUGCCGAUAACUGGAUUCCUGUUUCUACCGGAGCUGAAAAAAAUGUAUGAAAUUUUCAGACAUUACAAACACUAUAUGAUCGGGCAGUUCAAGAGACACGAGAAGACAUACGAUGAAGGAGUUGUCCGCGAUUUUACCGACGCCUUGAUUGCCGCCCGAAAUGAGGCCAUAGCUGACGGAAAAGAGUCGGCUGUUUAUCUAUCAAACUAUAGUCUGAUUUGUUCGCUAUGGGACCUAUUGUUUGCCGGUGUGGACACCACACAGAUAACAGUUCAAUGGAUGCUCCUAUUGAUGGCCGUCUAUCCGGACGUACAGAAAAGGUUGCGCCAAGAAGUGGAAACAUUGAUAGGCGAUCGUAUGCCUCAAUCACGCGAUAUCAAUGAUUGUCAUUAUAUUAAUGCAUUCAUAUCGGAAACCCUACGAUUCAGGCCUGUCCUGCCAUUUGGUGUACCACACAAAACGGUACAUACAAUUGAAUUAGACGAUAUUAAAAUACCGGCCAACACAUCGGUGGUCAUCCAUCAACACAGUAUAAUGAAUGACCCGCUGUAUUGGUCAGAACCGGAAGUGUUUCGACCAGAAAGGUUUCUCAGUGAAGGUCAAUAUCUGAAGGUACGUCCGGCGGCGUUCAUACCGUUCAGUAUUGGUCAGCGCCGAUGUCUGGGCGAGAAACUGGCGCUUAACAACCUCUUCUUAAUUGUCGUCCGUUUUAUUCAAGCCAUUGCUGGUCACGACAUAGUUUUGCCAAAAGACAUAAUCAGUGACAAUAAGGAGCAGCUUCUGGAGCCAAACCCUGACACUGCCGUUCAGUUUCAAUAUCCAAAACCUUAUAAAAUUAAAUUAUAUCAGAUGAAACAAAGGUGA